AUGAAAGCCGCGACCUUUUGUGCCAUUGUGCUCGCAAAUGCGUCGGGCGUGCUGGCACUGGACAGCCUGUCAGGCUACACAAAAGACAUCCCCAAGUGCGCCUACUCUGCACUGGUUGAUGGAAUGAAACAAGAGGGAUGCGACAUUUCGAACGUCACUGCUGAGGACUUUGACUGCCUUUGCAAGCACAUUGGCGCUAUUUCAAUUAUUGUAGCAAAGAGUGUUGACUCGACUUGCACUGCUGACUUUACCCAAGCCGCCGGAUCAAUGUGCGGCAGGUGGAACGUGGACAGCACCACUGCAACAGACUUGGCUGCUGCGACGAGCGCUCUUGCGAAUGCCCUCAACGGGAAAGGCUCCGAUGCCAAACAGACAGCGACUGGAAUAUCAACGUCUGCCACGAAGAACAUUGCCAUGGUGCCUACUGGUGGUGCAAUUGGCGUCGUGGGUGGACUCGCGGCGGCAGCGGCAGGUAUUAUGUUAUGA